AUGGCAAAAAAGCAGUAUGAUUUAUUAUUCAAAUUAUUGCUUAUUGGUGAUAGCGGUGUUGGAAAAACAUGCAUUUUAUAUAGGUUUAGUGAUGACGCUUUCAAUACUACUUUCAUUUCUACUAUAGGCAUCGACUUCAAAAUCAAGACAAUAGAAUUGAAAGGAAAGAAGAUUAAGUUGCAGAUUUGGGAUACCGCGGGACAAGAACGAUUUCAUACCAUAACUACAUCGUAUUACCGAGGUGCGAUGGGUAUCAUGUUAGUUUAUGAUAUAACUAACGCUAAAAGUUUCGAUAAUAUUGCUAAAUGGUUGAGGAAUAUUGAUGAGCAUGCGUCGGAAGACGUGGAAAAGAUGUUAUUGGGUAAUAAAUGUGAUAUGGCAGAACGACGAGUAGUAUCUCGUGAAAGAGGCGAGAAAAUAGCCAGUGAUCACGGUAUUAGGUUUCUGGAGACAUCUGCGAAAGCAAAUAUACAAAUUGAUAAAGCAUUCUAUGACCUUGCCGAAGCUAUUCUUGAUAAGAUGCCAGUUAAGGACGAAGGCAUGAAACAACCAACAAUACGGCCUGCAGAACCACAGAGUAGUGUAACAAUAGGUAAAUUGUCGUGCUGUUAA